AUGCCGAGCAACGAAGAGAAUGUCGCACUCCAUGCAUCGAACCCCAACAUCAUAAGUACAAGUGCAUUACCAUCUCCAUCUAGAGCUCGUCUGCUUGCAUCUGCUGGAUUUGGCAAUGGUCCUACUGCACCUGAUGAAGCACAUGCCGUCCGUCUAAAUGUGCUCAAUAGUAGCGUUCAAGAAGCCCGUGAAGCGCGUAAUUCGCGUCUUAUUAUAGGGGCAAUCUCAUUGGUCAAUUUACCCCAGAUCAUUGCUGCUGCUGUCAUUUUAGCGUCAUCAUGGCAAAAUGAGACGUUGUGCUUCCGGAUUCAAGUGUGGGUUUUACUUCACACGAUCCACUUAACACUCACUUUGCUGCUCGAAUGGGCACUUUACUAUUUAAAUCUCGCACGCAGUAACAAUGCGAUUCGUCUUCGAGAGAAGUACAUGACUAUCUUGAGUCAAGUCAAGUACGGACUUGAUCUGGCUGGUCUCUUUUGGUUCCUAGUGGGCAAUAUGUGGGUCAUCAGUGACAGUGCUCGUUGUAAUGACGGGUCUGCAAUGUACCAAUUAGCAUUAUGGAUGAUCAUCAUUUCCUAUGCCAAGAUUUUUCUGCCGUGUUUGCUGCUACUGGCGUUAUUGCCGAUCCUAUGCUUCUGUCUGCCUUGUGUCAUUCGACUCCUCAGCAGAUUGCAGGACCCCAUGAGAGGAAAAGGGGCCACCCAAGAGGUGGAAACUCUCAUCGACCAGUUAGAGACCAAGACGUACACGAGCAACAUGUUCCCGCCCGAAGAUGCAUGCUGCUGUAUUUGCCUGAAUACUUACGAAGCUUCACAGUCCUUGCGUGUGCUACCGUGCGCGCACCAUUUUCACAAAGAAUGCGUGGACGAAUGGCUUUUAGUGAAUUCGACGUGCCCAACCUGCCGCAAAUCCAUGUUUGACGCAGGUUUAGGCGGUCCCAUGGCAACAAGCGAGGAAGACAUGCUGCAGCGUACUUUUGAUUACACGGUGGCUGAUGUGAGCUUCUACUUUCCAAAAUAG